AUGGCUGCGCCCAUGGAGUUUCAUGCAGCGAUUCAAGUGUUGGUUUCGCCACCUUCAAAACCACCGGAAUGUACGACUGAAAGCACAGCGCCCCCAUGUGAUGACGCAACAAGGUUUGACCUUUCACUUAAGUCAACCCUUGACAAACUUCACCAAGUGCUUGCAAGUGAUAAGAGAUGUUUUAACCUCUCCAUUGCACUUGAGUCAGUUAUCACAGACUGGAGGGGAAGACUAGUAGAAUGCAAAGACAUACGCUGGUUGUACACAGAGCACUGUAUGGUUCUGUUACAAGGCCUAAAAGAUUCUGUCGCUGUUCAGAUGGUGGAGUUUAAAAAGGAACAGGGAAAGACAAAACUUGAGAAACCGGGUCCUCAUACGGCUCCCCUUCUUUCCCCGGACACAUUUAGCGUAGGGCAGCAGAAAAAUCUCAUGACGCUGUUGCAGUUUAUAGUUUGUCUUGGACUGGUACCAAACCUUCAGAAGGGUAUCGGAAUUCCAAUGGAGAAGAGGUCGGGGUUCGGGCAGAUAUUAAUUGGCAGAGAGUCUGUGCUGAAUCCGGAGAGACUGAAGCAGGUAGUGAAGGUACUCUUAGAGUGUGUUAAACAGCCUUCUAUUGGAGGUUUGAUUCUAACAAGACAUUUAGGAGAUCUCCUAGCAUCUCUUCUUCAGAUCUCUCAUUCUGAAAAACUGUCUCAAACGAAAGAUAACAAUACAACCGACCAGGCAAAAGAUGUAGCAGAACCAACUCAAAGAAGUGAAAACUCAAAGGAUGUCGAGUUCUUUCAAAAUCAGUUGAAGCGCCUUCUGCAGAGAGCCUACCAACCUCUAGUGAUCAGAGAGCUUCUAUUCUUACAAGGAGGUCCAGGAGAUGAAAGAACAGGAACGGCAAAGACAAACCCAAAGAGUGCCUCUCAGAGAAGCCAGAACCCAAAGAGUGUCUCUCAAAGAAGCCACAACCCGCUCCCACGAGCACCACAGUGGCUGAAGAAGGAGUGUGGAAGGCUCUUGACAGAACGUCUGAUAAAGCCCAAAGGAAUCCAAUGGGUGCUACGAGGGCUGCUUGAUGUUGGAGGAGGAGCAGCAGUGAAUGCAUCAGCUACCACAGAUAACUGGAGGAAAUGUGACGCAGUGUCUCAUCUGAUAACCAACUGUCCUCUUGAAGACAUUACAGUGGAUAAAUACUACAAGCUUGUCUGUCCACAGAUCCUGGAGCUUCUUCACUUCAAGGAUCAGCUGCUUCUGAAACAGGUUCUUCGUGUUGCUAGGAGCUGCAUCGUUACCAUGACAACUAGGCAUCCUCAGCUUGCAAACCCUUUCCUGAUUGGUCCAUUACUGGACCCCCUGCUUGCCACACUGCAUGAAAGAGCACCAGCAUCAGCAGAAGAUGGCGGUUCGUUUGUUCUUGUGGACGAGCCUACACUGACUCAAUGUAUUGAAGACGUUCAUCAUAUCUUCAUUGGAUUACCAGAUCCAAGCCCCUGUCUCCUUGAGAUGUUGCAACCAGUUUGUCAUCCUAUGUUUAAACUUCUGUGCUUUGCAAAGCAAGGGGUCUGUAAUCUCAGAUCCAAGAUUGAGGAAAUUCUUCUGUACUUUUUUUGCAACUCUGAGCAUCAGACCACUCUGGAGUAUCUAAGGCAUAUAUCCUUCCUACUGCGUGAUUCCCAGACUGAGAGUGUGCAUCGUGGCAUUGCAUUCACACCUGGUUCUGAAGGUGGUGCUGUUGUCAUGUUCAGGCAAAAUAUCAGAGCUGAAGAGCAGUUUGCAGACAGUUUGAUGUCUCAGGAGCUUACUGCAGCGACAGUAUUUGAUCUACUCCAGAAACUGAAGAUUAAGGGACUUGCUGGAGAUUUCUUCAUUCUAGUCUUGAAAGAGUUAACAUCAAUCACUUCAAGACCAUCAUCCAAAGAUCCCCAAGAUCCUGACCCUUCUCGCAUUUUCCUCAACAUAGAAGAGAACCAAGACACUCAAGUCACUCAUAUACAGCACUCUCUUCAAGUCCUGGCCAUCUUAUCUAAGCUCUGCGAGAAUCUUGGGCCCGCUGUCUUAGAGAAUACUUCACAGAUGUUGGAGUUUGCUCGUGCGACGUUGGAUCGUGCUGCAUCGUCGUUGGAUUGCCAGGGGGAAACGUGCGAUGUGUUUGAAACCGAGACGUUGACACUUGCCCUUGGAUUAGUAUCGGCAAUACUGCGUGGAGAUUUAGAGAAAAAGGUUACUUCCGAAAACCGUGAAUCACUCAUGAACCUUCUGCCAUCACUGGAGAAAAUAUCACAUGACCACCCAAUAGAGCCUCUCCAGAGAACGGCAACUGACCUCCGCAUCGCCAUAGCAACCCACGGUGCUGUCUGGUCGGAAUCGAUGAAGGAAGCAACUGAGGAUUUAAAAUCAAAGCUCACAAUGGACAGAGAAAAAGUUUCUAAGAUAGAAGAUCGGACUAAGAAAACUGCUGGAGACAAUUUGCUAAGCAAGGAAGACCCUGUUACUCCCGGAGAAAAAAGGAAUGUCCAGAUAGAUAGAAAUCUUAUUUACGAGGAUGGUGCCUCACGUCCUGGAGUUGAAUCCAAUGCAGAGUCUUCCAGAAUAGCAAUGAAUGAGAAAAGACCAAACUCGUCGGUUUCACAACACAGCGACGACGAGCCAGCUGUCAGUAAGAACUUUGAUGAGGCUUUUCAAGAACUCUUCGAUCCUCUUUUGCCGACGAGAGGCCAUGCCCUGAGGGUCCUUGGGAAGCUCUUGCUGGCCAGAGACUCCAAGGCGAUGCAGAAGAAAGAUAUGCUGCUGGGAAUAUUUGUUGAGAAUCUUAGUCAUGAAGAUUCUUAUAUCUAUCUCUCUGCCAUUCAGGCCCUUUCAUGUGUAGCAGAUGUGUUUCCAGAAAGAGUAAUUCCACAUCUUUGUGAGGAGUUUGUUGGUGGCAAGAAGAAAGUGAAAAGAGAAGUAGAGACAAGAGUCAAACUCGGAGAAGCUCUAGUUAGAGCCAUAAGAUCACUUGGUGAGCUGGUACCCCGCUAUGCAAACACAUUACUGGGUACACUCUUACAAGGAGCACAGGACACCGAUGCUGUGAUCAGGGCGAGCAGCUUGUCCAACAUGGCUGAUGUCUGUAAACUGUUACGAUUCUCACUUGGUCCAAAUCUUCAUGAGGUUCUGAACUGCCUGAUGACCAUCCUAAAGAGUGACCCCCAGGUUGAGGUCAGAAGGUCAUGUGUUCUUGUACUCACCCUCCUUCUCAGGGGGCUUGGGAAGGAUGCAUUGAAGGUUCUUGAAAAUGUUAUGAGGGACAUCUACCGCGGUCUGAAGUUGGCGCUAAGCAUCGAGAAAGAUGACGUAAUCCGUUUACAUUGCCAGCUAGCUCUGGAAGAAAUUGAUACAGUUAUGAGAGACUUCAUGUUCCCUAAACAAACUCUGACAAAGAAGAUCACCGUGUUGCCAUGACAACACCACCAGCAACAACAACAACAAAAUUUAAUAUAAAUAGGCAACCUACUUUAGUCGUAUAUGAUUGCCAAAAUGCCUUUAAUAUUUCUUUUUUUGCAAUUGGGGAAACAAUUUUUAUGAAUGAGAUUUUACUGAGCAAUUUCUUUAAAAUGUUGCAAAAACUUUUGCCUUUUUUUAUUUAGGGUCAAUGACAUUUAAGUUAGAAGCUGUUUUUUAUGGAAGCAGGGGUGGAUUUCACAAAAAGUUAAGACCAGUCUUAUCUCGAGUUAGGAGGAGUUAACUCGUCCUAACUUUAUAGG